UCCGAAAAACGAACUCGAGAAGGAAGUGAAAAUAUGGUUAGAUUUAUGUCAUUUUUUUACUUCGAUCGAAUCAAAUUGAAUGGAUAAAGCAAGAAAUACAUCACCUAGCUUUAAAACUAAAAGCUUCUACAGUUCAAAGCCAUCCCCAAGAUCCAAAACGUGGGAUGAAAAGCAAGCAAAAUGGGAAGCUAAGUUCCAGGAGUUUAAGAAAAAGCCUAUUCCUACACCGAGACUCUUAAGACUUGACGAUCCUAUUCCAGUUUUCAAACGAUUUCCCUUGCAACAGUUGGCAUUUGAUUAUGCAAAGACAUGUAGUAAGGAUGUUCAUGUGUUUUCUGAGGAAAUUGAGUGUGGUGGAAAGAGGCGAUACCUCGUAGCAACAUUUGACCAAUUUUGGCAAGUAUACAGGAAACUGGAGCGAGAUCAAAGACACUACUAUGAAGUUAUUAUAGAAGGAGCAGCUUGCAAGCUAUAUUUUGAUCUUGAGUUCAUUAAAGAUCUCAACCCAGACAGUAAUGGAAUUGAAAUGGUUGAGAUUUUCAUAAAGUAUGUCUGCCAUCAAAUAAAACAAAGCUUUGGAAUCAGUUGUGAUCGAAAGCAUGUGAUAGACUUGGACUCCAGCACAGAAACCAAGUUCUCCAGACAUCUUAUAUUUUGUCUGCCAAAUGCAUUAUUCAAGGACAACACACAUGUUGGAAACUUUGUGAACCACAUUUGCUUCAGCAUUUUGAAUCUGGUUCACAACCACCACCCUCCACAUGACAAAAAUGCUGAGCCGGGAGAAACUUCUGAAGGCCCUGAACCAAAGGUUCCAAGGAAGACACAAGAAAACGUGUCCAAAGUUAUCACAGAUGAAUAUAUCAAUGGAGUUGCAGUUGAAGAUUUGAAAAACCUCCUGAUAGUAAACAAUAAAGGAGACGUCGUAACAUUCUGUGAUCAAGGUGUUUAUACAAAGAACCGUAAUUUUCGCGCGUACAAGUCGGCGAAGUUUGCUAAAAAAGCAACACUGGAACUGGCAAAAGAAAACAUGUUUAAGCCUGACAUGAAAAACAGGACAGGGAGCUUCAGCCGCGAUCCAGACUACGUUUCGUUUUUAGAUUCUUUGAUAUCCAAUGUCAGUUAUAAUGACAACAUGCUAAGGCAUGUCAAGGUGUUGACGUUCGAGAGUGAAACAGCAAAAGCAGGAAAACGAUCAAGACCUUCUAGUACUGGCCAUCCUGAACAACCUGUCGAAACUUUGCCUUCAGGAUACCAACACUCCCCAUUCCCACAAAUCGAUGAUUUUAUCUUGACUGUCAUCAAUAAGGGAGGUGUUCAAGGAAAGAUUAGAAGAUGGGUUUAUUUCGCACAAGGAAAAGUGUUGAUGUUUGACAUCGAUAAGAACAGAUGGUGUGAGAAUAUUGGACGAGCACAUCAAAGUAAUCAUAUUAUAAUGGUUGUGGACAUGAGACAAGGAAUAUAUUAUCAAAAGUGUCAUGAUCCCGAAUGCAAGAAAAUCAACUUCCGCUCUCAAGAAAAACCAAUACCAGAAGAAAUAAACCCAUUUCGCCACGAAAAGGACACAUUGGAUGAGUCGGCUUUAUGGGAAAACGAUUUAGAAGAUGACGAAGUACUAUAUCAGAUAGCAGAAGAGACAGAACAGAGCCAAGACAGUGAGCUGAGCAUCUUGUUAGCAGACGAUUCAACUGAUUGGGAACCUUGGAAAGACCUUCCGACGUGCAAUGAUGUAAUAGAUCAAGUUACUAAUUCCUGUGACGAAGGCUCAAAAUAUAAGACAAACGAGAAGUAAAAGAGAACACACACACACAAAAAAAACACAAUUCAUCUUCCAUCCCUUUUUCAUUUUACUUUUUGUGUAAAUCAUAUAGAUGGUACUCUAGAGUUGUCCUUAAAUUUUAAAGUCAGCAAAGAUAUAUAAUGCCCAAAGAAACUUUUUAUAAUUGAUCUUUUAAAAGCUCAAUAUUUUUUGGGACGUCUGUCAAGUUAACGUCAUUAUAGCGCUUGGGGGUUUCUGCUUUUUUAAAUUAAGGUAAUCCUUGAAAACUUCCUCAGAGUUUUGAACAUCUGUUUGUUAAAAGAAUGAACUAAUACUUGAUAGGUAUCUGUUUAGCUUUCUGCAAAUUUGUAAAUAUACAAAGUCGAAAAGGUUCGUUUAAUUUAGACUUCUGACUGGAGGGAAAUUCAGAAUGCGACCUCACUUAAAGAUAGAACGUAAUAUGGGUCCAAGUUGUACUUUAUUUCAUUGUGUAAUGAUAAAGAUAAUCAAUAUUCAGUGGGGGUGGUAAUGAAAAAUAGCUUGCUCCAUAGUGUGACCUACGAGCACUUUAGAUUUUAAAUUCGUGAGUCAGGUUCAAACACGCAUUCUCGCAAAAUGAAUCUGGUAGUUAUUCUGAUCAGGAAAUAAGGGAGAUUUAAAAGACUUUGCAGAAAAAGUUGGCUCUCUGUAAUGAGCACUGAAAACGCACGGUACUGCAAUUUCAUUGACCAGAGUCGCCAAAGACUUUUGUUGUAUCAUAUCGCUAUCAGAAUAAACCAAGAUGACUGGCAAA